AUGCGUUUCAAGAAAUACUUGGAAAAGAACAGGUAUCAGCCAUAUGCAGAUAAGUAUUUGAAAUUUGAUGAAUUAAUGGCUAUGAUAAAACCCGGAUUUUCUCAAAAUCAGGAGGACAGCUUCAGAAAAGUGUUUGAAUCUGAGCUUGAUCGUGUAUUCUACUUUAUCCGCUUUAAACAUGAAGAAUUGGAGUGUAGAAUGUAUUCAAUUGAGGAUUUGAUUGGCAAUAAUAAAGGAUUGAAAGAGCUGACGGAAGCACAGGAUGAGAUGGCAGCAUUCUCUGAGUUCAUAAGAAUUAAUAUUGAAGGAUUCAAGACUGUUCUUCUUAAACAUGACAAAAAAACAGGAUAUACUCUCGUGCCAGAGUAUAGAAAAGUAUUCAAGACAAGAUUAGAUGAAAUCGAUGGACUAAAUAAACUAAUGUACAGUGCAAGUAGAUUAAAAUUGAAGACGCUUGAGGUUAAGAAAGAAAAGGAAAAUGGCACAACAUUUGUGAGAAAGACGUGCAAAUACUGGGUUCAUCCGGAAAACUUAUAUGCUUUAAAAUUGAAAAUAGUAAAAAAUCUUCCUGUGUAUGUUUACAACCCCAAUCCAGAUCCGGAUGCAACACCAUACAGUGCAUGGGACCAUAAACUUCAUGACACAUGUGUAUCCAGUGUGUAUCUCGAUAAUUCCAACUUCGAACUGUAUAUGGAAAGGCUAUACAAAAAUCAAGGUUCAGAAGCAAUAAGAAUCAGAUGGUACGGGUCUGCUGUACCUAAUGUGGUAUUUGUUGAGAGAAAGAGACAUGAAGAUAACUGGACAGGUUUUCCUUCAAAGAAGCUUAGAUUCAAAAUUCCUGAGAAAUAUGUCGUUGACUUUUUGAACGGCAAAAACGUAUGGGAGCAUGUAAAAAUGUUAAACGGUAGUGAAGUGUUUGACUUAUACAAAGACAUUCAGACAGCAAUAGUUAGUAAAAAGUUAAGACCAUCUGUUAGGACAUUUUACAAAAGAACAGCAUUCCAGCUGCCUAACGACUCCACAGUAAGAAUAAGUCUGGAUACAAAUCUAGUAAUGAUAAGAGAAAGAAAGGCAGAUGAAAAAGAUGAUGACAUUAUCAAGCAAUGGAAAAGACCGGAUGCAGUUUGUGAAUGGCCAUUCAAACAUCUUCCAAAAGAGGAUAUUAUCAGAUUUCCAUACGCCAUUCUCGAAGUUAAGACACAGGGUGUAGACGAAAGGAAGCCAGCAUGGAUUGAGGACGUUGUAAAUAGUAGUUAUGUUGAACAUGUCCAUAAAUACUCAAAGUUUAUGCAUGGAAGCGCACUUUUGUAUAAGCAGAUUGAGGUCAUUCCAUAUUGGCUGCCUCAGAUGGGGACAGACAUAAGAAAAGAUCCAUUUCAUCCAAUAAAAGAGCUGAAGAUAAUGCAGAACAAUGUUCUUCUGACACAAUCUGAAGCUAAAGAAAAUAGCAGUGAGAACCUAAGUCUUAUUGAAAGCCAUGGCAAGAAAAUAGCCAUACCAAUAAGAGUGGAACCAAAAAUAUUCUUUGCAAACGAAAGGACAUUUUUGAAGUGGGUGCAGUUUUCUAUCUUUCUUGGGGGUGUUGGCACUGCCAUUCUUGGACUAGGUGAUAAUAAUGCUGCUUGGUGUGGUAGUAUGCUGAUGAUAGUUGCACUUUUAUUCAUUUUCUAUGCCUUUUAUAUUUAUAAGUGGAGAGCCGAGAAGAUUAGGAUAAGGUUCCCUGGCCCGUAUGAUGAUUUAGUAGGGCCAACAGUGUUAGUCUCAGUCUUUCUACUAGCACUGAUACUAUCAGUAAUCUUUAGAUAUCCCAAUGCGAUUGCAUCCCAGGACAUGGAUUAA